CUGUGAUUCGAUAUUCGUCACGCCUUCUUGAUGAUCAUCACUCCUACACAUACAAAUCUCGACCAGACUCAAGAUUCAGCUGUCCCGUUCUCAAGGGGCUCGAUCGUCGUCAUUCAACGGGUAUUUGCGUCGCGCUGAGGAGCAGUGGAGUCCGCGCAGGCCACGUAGAGGCCAGGUUGCAGCAGUAGGAAUGGAUGCCGCUAGCGUCGAUCCGAUCACGCCUGGCGAUAGCGAGCGAGGGAAGAGCGUGCUCCACGCUUCCACAUUGUCCGCGACUGCCCGAUCUCAGAUCUCAUCUCCAUCGUCUGCAGCCAACGCUGCUCUGCCAGGGUCGAUGCAAGCAGCAUCGCCCAUCCUGCCUACGGCCGUUCCUCAUCGAACCUCUUCCUUUACAAACCUCGGCCCUCACUCUCGCCCAUCCACCAGCACAUCUGUCUCCUCUUCUUAUUCGCCCGACUUUGGAGCGAGAUCCAGCUCCGUGAUGGCUGCCAACAGACCGCCUCUGCCUGCUCUAUCGGUGCCUCAGCCUGCUGCUGCUGCUGUAAACAGUAUGACCAGUCCAGCUCCCAGCACUGGACCGAGUCAAAGCUCUACGUCUGGCAGCGGCAACGGCAGCGCUUCUCAGGGUCAUUUGGGAGGUGUGCAAGUCAUCGGCAUGACACCUCCUUCCGCUUCGUCAUCUUCAUCUACUGCUGGCAGGACAGAUCAGUACGGACAGCUGCUGGGCAAUGAGUCGACAGACUCCUCUGGCGGAUCAAGAGUCGCGCUGGGAGCCUUCAGUCCUUCGGGUGCCAUCUCCGAGCUGCCUCCUCUAGGAUCUGCGAGGGGCAGCAGCACGGGUGCCUUGGGUCACGCUGGAUCGCCAUCAGCACCGCGGUCUACUCGCCUGAGCCACAAAGACUCGUUCGGAGGUACGCUGACCCCAUCCAGCAGUUCGAAUGGUCUUGGAUCUGCAUCGAGCAACGCUGUGCGCACGCGCGUAUCGAAGCGUUCGAAUCUUCAAGCCAUUGCCAGGUCCAACGACACCAGAUUAGCGACCAGUUCGCGUUCAGAAUCAUCAGCUGGGCUAGACGAGCAGGCCGAAGACGAGAUCGACGGCGUGGCCCGUGAGGAAGAAGAGGAAGAGGAGGAAGAGGAAGAAAUGGCGAGCGCUCAUGAAGGCGAGAUUGAAGGCUCCAUAGACGAGGCUGAAGCGACGCACGAUUCGUAUAGGGAAGCCUUCUCUCCCUCUGCUCGUGUACGACCGCUACCAGUCGUCGGCUCGACAACUGAAGAAACUGGAAUACCCAGCAGACCGACCCCCGCUCAUCAAGCCAGCUCGAGCGGUGGUCCUUCCCGCCGAACAGCGCCCACCACCUCCAAAGCCCACGACGCACCAACAGUGAUGGAUACUCCCUCAGCAGUACCAGGUGGCCCAAGCAGCCAGCACGAGGCCUCCUUUGCAGCCUCGCAUUCGAGGAACACCACGCUACCGGGCGCGUACAUUGCGACAACAUCCGAAGCUCGAUCAGCAGGAGCGAUUCCUGUUUCGGCUACCAGCACGCCUGCCACUAUCGGCCCAGGAGCGCAGGUCGCCAACUCUGCAUUUGUAGGCGGUAGCGCAGGCGCACCACCGGCAUCAGCACCCGCCGGCACCACAGACUCGACGGUUGCCUCCCGGUCUGUUCGCGCCCCUGGUGGCUCGAUCCGACGCGAACACAGGAGUGGAGGGGCCGAGAGCUCGACCGAUGCUCAGCAAAGCAGCGCCUCGCGCAGCGGAGCCACCAGGUCCGCUACCAGUACUCUGAGAACCACUACAGCAGGCUCGACUUCGCGUCAAGGAGGGAGCACGCGGAUUGCUGAGGCUGCAACAACGAGCGCAGAUCGUGCAGUCGUCAGCUCUGCUAGCAAAUCCCAGUCGUCUUCUAGAGCUUUGCCAGCCUUGCCCAGCGCACCCGGUCUCACUGCGGCCCCGCCGCCAGCCAUGUACUGGUCCAAAGCGCCCGUGCAUGGAUCCGUGCCCCGUAGAAGUUUCAGAGCUCACACAGCCAGUCUAGCUGAUGAAGUUCUGUGGCUGUUUGGAGGAUGCGACUCGAAAGGUUGCUUUCGGGACCUUUGGUGCUUCGACACUGAAACCAUGUGCUGGUCCAAGCCGAAAGUCACUGGGGACCUUCCGCCCCCCAGACGCGCUCAUAGCGCGACUAUGGUCGAUCGAAGGCUCUUCGUCUUUGCGGGUGGCGAUGGACCACACUACUACAAUGAUCUCUUUGUCUUCGACACCGUGUCGUUGAGGUGGUCCAAGCCGGUAGUCUCUGGCACUGCACCGUCUCCACGCCGUGCGCACACUAGCAACUACUGGAAUGGUCAGUUGCUCAUCUUUGGCGGAGGCAAUGGUGUUGGUGCGCUCAACGAUGUGUUUGCGCUCGACAUUGGCAAUAUGGACAGGCUGGAGUGGAAAAAGGUCGAAUGCCAGGGCAAGAUUCCGAUAGGACGAGGUUACCACACCAGCAACCUCAUUGACGGCAAGCUCAUCGUCAUUGGCGGUAGCGAUGGGCACAUGAGCUUCAACGAUAUCCACAUCUUGCGUCUUGACACGAAAGUGUGGUAUCAAGUCAAGACGGACGAGAUACACAAUCGGCUAGGACACACUGCCACGCAGGUAGGCUCAUACUUGUUCGUCAUCGGUGGGCACAACAGCCACAACUAUACACCAGAAAUUCUCACCUUGAAUCUAGUCAAUCUGCAGUGGGAGCCACGUCGUGUUUGCGGCAGAAAACCGCCUGGUCGAGGCUAUCACCAAGCGUGGCUGAGAGAUUCUCGGCUCUUUAUUCACGGCGGUUUCGACGGAAAGGAGAUUUAUGACGAUUUGUACUACGUCGACUUGGCCGCCUGUGCUUACUUGCCCCAGAUCACUAGCUUUUCAGUCGAGCUCGACGACGAAUGAGCGCUGUUGGGAAACUUUUGUCAUUACAUUUGCUCGCGCAACCCGUCCCCCGGCUGCCAGUCGCGUGAUUCUUGGCGCCGUACACUAGCGUUCCAAAUGCAAUGAGUAAUACACCCUCACGAUGUUGCGCAUGUUCGUAUCGUAGGUCGCACACGCACUUUCAUCGAUGCGACCAAGACAAUCAUAGCCGGG